GGUCGUCGCCUAUGUUAACGAUCGUGAAAGGCUGCGUGGACAGCUGACACCUUGAAGACGUCCUUAUUCUCCAUCUGAAUCGUCUGUAAAAUAAUAGACACCUAAGGUCCUCCCUUUUGUUCUUUCGGUUAAUUAAAUUACUUCCGUGUGAUUGUUGUUUUUUUUCUCCGUGCAUUCUCGAGGCCAUCAAUGAUUUCGUUGCAGUCGCAUAAUCAGGUGCUGUACCACCUGACCCAGUUGACGUCAGCCUUCACCCCCAGAAGCUCUUACUCAGCCCGUCUAAAGGCCCGGCCAAAAUCAUCUACCCCAUCUCCAGAGAUUCUCUGCGAGGAGAGUCUCCUGGAGGCCGCCAAGAAUUGCACAGAGCUUCCCUUAGAGAACCUGAACAUCCGAGCUGUUUCCGAAGCAUCAAGACUCCUGAAAACAGACGUCCAGAAGGUCCUCAAACGAGUCAACAGGAUCCCUAGGACCUUGAAAGACCCCCAUGAUGAUUGGAGAAUCUCUUACAUCUCUGGUGCAUCCUUCUCAGACAACAAACAAGGAUUGUCGUAUACUUAUGAUCUACUCCACAGAAAUAUCUUUAUUCUGGCUGUACCCACCUCGAGAGACAUCCUAGUGCGUGGCUUUAAAACUCAUCGAAAUGUCAAAGCGGAAAUCGAGAGGAAUCCCUCACUUUUUGGCAGAUUAAGGACGUGGAUUGGUCUUUCCAAAACCAGCGAAGGAAAGCCGAAGGCUGGUAUCGAUGGUACGGACUUGGAGAACCUGAAGAAUAUCCUGAAUGACACAGAUCUCGCUCCCGAUGAAAAACAACGCGUGAAGAUCGCUUUUGCUGAGGGAUACGUUGCUGGAAAUGAGAGGAAAUCACCAGAUCGUAAAUUCAAAUGGCUGAAGUUGAUUCAACAAGUGGUGAUGACAGCCGUGGGAUUAUUCAUCCUCGGGUCGAUCAUGGGUAUGUAUAAAUCCAGUACCAACGGCAGCGUCUUCCGAAUCCAGUUGGGCUCGCACUCAGCAGUGAAUCCCGAGGAGAUCUCGGUGACAUUUGCAGACGUCAAAGGUGUCACUGAAGCAAAGCAAGAGCUUGAAGACAUAGUAGAAUUCCUGAAAAAUCCUGAGAAAUUCUCAACCCUAGGGGGUCGUCUCCCAAAGGGAGUUCUCCUUGUGGGUCCCCCGGGUACUGGGAAGACUCUCCUCGCCAGAGCAGUUGCAGGGGAAGCCAGAGUACCCUUUUUCCACGCAGCGGGUUCGGAGUUUGAUGAAAUUCUCGUAGGACAGGGUGCGAGAAGAGUGAGAGAUCUUUUCAAAGCAGCCAAGGAACGUGCACCCUGUGUCGUUUUUAUAGACGAAAUUGACUCUGUCGGAGGAAAGAGAACGUCCUCGGUGAUCCAUCCCUAUGCCAAUCAGACGAUAAAUCAGUUGCUCUCAGAGAUGGACGGUUUCCAUCCCAAUGAAGGAGUUAUUGUUCUUGGGGCGACUAAUCGUAAAAACGAUCUGGACAAAGCACUUCUGCGUCCUGGUAGGUUUGACGUCGAAGUAUACGUUCACAAGCCUGAUAUCAAGGGCAGGAGGGAGAUCCUUGAGCUGUACCUGUCCAAGGUCCUGGCUAAAUCCAUUGACAUUGAGAUAUUGGCGAGGAGCACCACUGGAUUCACUGGGGCUGACAUCGAGACGAUGGUCAAUCAGGCUGCCCUCAGGGCUGCUGUCGAGGGUGCUGAUUUCGUCACGAUGGACCAUCUGCAUAAGGCCAUGGAGAAAGUAGUCCUUGGACCCGAGCUUAAGGGGAUGAUGCCUGAUAACGAGGAGAACGUUAUCACUGCGUAUCAUGAGGCUGGACAUGCUAUUGUAUCGUACUAUACCAAGGACUCUAUGCCACUUUCCAAGGUCACCAUAAUCCCUAGAGCUGGAUCUCUAGGACACACGAGUUACGUUCCCGCAAAAGAUGUGUAUCACAACACGAAGAGCCAGUUACUAGCGUCCAUGGACUCUUCGUUCGGAGGUAGAGUGGCUGAGGAGUUGAUUUUCGGCCCGGAAAAAAUAACGACAGGAUCAGCUGCUGAUCUCCAGAGAGCCAGUGAAAUCGCUGCAAGCAUGGUGAAAAAUUAUGGAAUGAGUGAAAAGGCGGGAUUUAGGACUCAGUACGAGGAGAAGCCUGAGUACAGCCCCAGUACCAAUGAAGUCAUUGAUGGAGAAGUCAAACGAUUGUUACAGGAAUCAUACGACAGAGCCAAGAAUAUUCUCAAAACUCAUGCUAAAGAGCAUAAAUUACUAGCAGAAGCCCUCUUAAAAUACGAAACCCUAGAUGUUGAAGACAUAAAAGCCGUUAUCAACGGNAAAACACCAAAAGCAGAACCAGCUAAUCCUGAAAAAAGACCACAAUCGAUUAUAGAUGUUCCAGGUAACGUCAUGUAACGGGAAGACUCAAGUGAAUUCACUCCUGGGAAUAGGAUAAAAUUGAAUUAUUAAAAAAAAAUAGAAAAUGACAAAUCAUGAGUAAAAAAUAUCUGGUUGGCAUUUGUCGCCGUAAAUACAUGGGGGAAUCCUCCGAGAUGGAGUUUCCAGAGGUAUGACGUGAUUUGUUGAUGAAAAAUCGAAGCAGUUGGGUUAAAACCCCACGAGUAUAUGUGCAUAUAAAUAUUUUUUGAAACGGUGAAAUUUUUGAUUAUCUCACAGGUAAAUAAAUCAGUUGAAAUACGUCAUUAAAUUUAUUACAAGAGAUCUGUAUUUCUUCUGGGGUGCAACAAUGUUGAUUGCUUUUCAAAAAUUUUGGCAAUAUUUACGGAUAAUUUUUGGGAAUUCGAUCACUCCCUCUGUCAUGGUUAAGAUGGAUUUUGCCUUCUAAUUUGUUAGCUGUCAAAUUCCAAGUAAAUUUAAUCCUUUCAGAAGGGUUACAAAUUCUUGUACUGUUUAUGUAAGUUUGAUUUUUUUUCUUAUCAUUUUCACUGCUUUUUUAUAACGAUAUACUCGUAGGGCCUUGAAAGGGAUGUGUUUAAAAAUUGAUUGUCAUUAUUUCGUGAAUAUUUUAAAAGGGGCUUUGUGGAGAGAUGUCGAGACAUUUUUUGUAGGAAAUUUAAAUUUCCCACUUAAAAAUUGAAUUACAUUUUCCGAUAUAUAAUAUCGAUAGUUUUCGAGCUGUCCACAGUUUUUCCGACUCAUCUAUCCGUCGACAUGAAAAUUCAUGGGAGAAAGUGAAAAAUAUUGUAACAUUUCGGGACUAUUUCUGUGGUAUGAGAGUAAUGAAAAUUUUGUACAGUAAAUAAUAAAUACAUAUUAAAACAAUUCUUACGAAUAUUUA